UGAUACCUGCGGUGGAGUUACAAGGUGAUCCAUUUCUAGGCAACGUGCUGGCUGGUGCCGGAGCCGCCAGCUCUCUGCAUCCCACCAGCAAAGGGAGCUCCGAAAGCAACCUGCAGACCAUCAUUGCUUUCUUCUGCUGUGCUCCAGGCACUCCUUGCUCCUGCUCUGUCCAACCACUCGCGCGACAGAGACCUGCACGCUGGGCUUCAUUUGCAAAAUUAUCUGGUUUUGCCCCUCUUUUUUUUUUUUUUUUUUUUUUUUUUUGUUUUCUUCCAGUUGUGGGAAGCGAUUUUUAAGCCGAGGGUGGGGGGAGAUCUCUGCGUUACUAUCCGCAUUACCUUGAAGUUCACUUUGUUUUUUGGCCUCCGGGGGGGCUUUUCCUGCAGGAAUCUGGCUGCUGGCACCAGGAUCGCCUGCCCUCCCGCUUCCUCACUCCUCCUCCCUCCCUGAAGGCGAGCUCCUUGCUGCGGGCUCCCGGGGCUCCUCUGGCCGAGAGGGUUUGUUCGUGUGUGCGUGCGUGCGCGUGUGCUCGUGUGUGUCUGCGUGUCUGCGCGGUGUGGGUUGGAAGUUGCCGUGCAGCAGCCGGGACCGAGCGGCUCUCUGGACCCGGCGGAAGGAUGAGGAUGGUCUGACCGGCAGAGGCGGCUGCUGCCCGCAGCGGCGCCCGGGCUCGAUGGAUUUGCUGCCGGCUCUCCCAGCAACUCUGCUGCCCGGGAGUCCUCCGAAGUGACGCGGGCUCUCGCCGAGGGGAGAGGCGCCCGGAGCCCCAAGCUCGCCCCUCGCCCAGCCGCAGCCGUGCGCUUGCCAGCGGGAUUUACGCGCUCCUCCGGCACCUCAAACUCUUGGGCUUCCUGCGCCGCGCCAUCCUCCACGGUGCCAUCGUUUCACCGAGAAAGCCGUCCUUACAAAGCCUGGAGCUCCGCCGGAGAUGGAAGUUUUCUCCCUCAUCCUGGUUGUGUCCGUCUGUUGGACUCGAACCUGGAAAGCGGCGAUUGCAGAUUCAAUCAUUCAUAUCGGGGCAAUUUUUGAUGAAUCUGCUAAAAAAGAUGAGGAAGUUUUUCGAAUGGCAGUUGCUGAUCUCAACCAGAAUGAUGAAAUCUUACAAACAGAGAAAAUCACAUGUUCAGUGACAUUUGUGGAUGGCAACAAUCCAUUUCAGGCAGUUCAAGAAGCCUGUGACCUCAUGAACCAAGGCAUCCUGGCCCUUGUGAGCUCCAUUGGCUGCACAUCAGCAGGUUCCCUGCAGUCACUGGCAGAUGCCAUGCACAUCCCUCACCUCUUCAUCCAGCGCUCAACAGGAGGAACGCCAAGAAGCAGCUGUGGGCUCACCAGGAGCAACCGCAAUGAUGACUAUACGCUCUCUGUCCGCCCCCCUGUCUACUUAAAUGAUGUCAUCUUGAGAGUGAUCACAGAAUAUGCCUGGCAGAAGUUCAUCAUUUUUUAUGAUAAUGACUAUGAUAUCCGUGGAAUACAAGAGUUUUUGGACAAAGUAUCUCAGCAGGGAAUGGAUGUGGCAUUGCAGAAAGUAGAAAACAACAUCAAUAAAAUGAUCACAGGGCUCUUUGCCACUAUGCGAAUUGAGGAACUGAACCGCUACCGGGACACUCUGAGGCGGGCUAUUCUUGUGAUGAACCCCUUGACAGCCAAAUCAUUCUUAACAGAGGUCGUGGAGACUAAUUUGGUUGCUUUCGACUGUCACUGGAUCAUUAUAAAUGAGGAAAUCAGUGAUUUGGACGUGCAAGAACUGGUGAGAAGGUCAAUUGGAAGGUUAACAAUUAUUCGACAGACGUUUCCUGUCCCUCAAAACAUAAGUCAGCGCUGUUUCCGUGGCAACCACAGAAUAUCUUCAUCACUGUGUGAUCCAAAGGAUCCUUUCUCCCAAAGCAUGGAGAUUUCUAAUCUGUACAUAUAUGACACUGUCCUUCUGCUGGCAAAUGCCUUUCAUAAGAAGCUAGAGGAUAGGAAGUGGCACAGCAUGGCCAGCCUGACCUGCAUUAGGAAGAACUCAAAGCCCUGGCAAGGAGGACGAUCCAUGUUGGAAACCAUCAAGAAGGGUGGAGUGAAUGGCUUGACUGGAGAACUAGAAUUUGCAGAAAAUGGGGGGAAUCCCAAUGUUCACUUUGAAAUUUUGGGGACAAAUUAUGGAGAAGAUCUUGGCAGAGGCAUUCGCAAGCUUGGCUGCUGGAAUCCCAUCACCGGUCUGAAUGGGUCCCUAACAGACAGGAAGUUGGAGAAUAACAUGCGAGGAGUGGUUCUGCGAGUGGUGACCGUGUUGGAAGAGCCCUUUGUCAUGGUGUCCGAGAACGUUCUGGGAAAACCAAAGAAGUAUCAGGGCUUCUCAAUAGAUGUCCUGGAAGCUUUGGCCAGUUACCUUGGCUUUAAGUAUGAAAUUUAUGUUGCUCCAGAUCACAAGUAUGGGAGUCCUCAGGAUGAUGGGUCAUGGAAUGGACUGAUAGGAGAACUAGUAUUUAAGAGAGCUGACAUAGGGAUCUCUGCCUUAACCAUCACCCCCGACAGAGAAAAUGUGGUGGACUUCACAACACGUUACAUGGACUACUCGGUGGGCGUGCUACUUCGAAAGGCGGAGAAGACAAUGGACAUGUUUGCCUGCUUGGCACCAUUUGACCUCUCCCUGUGGGCAUGCAUAGCUGGUACCGUGCUGCUAGUAGGACUGUUGGUCUACCUCUUGAAUUGGCUCAACCCUCCUCGCCUUCAGAUGGGAUCUAUGACCUCCACAACGCUGUACAACUCCAUGUGGUUCGUGUACGGAUCUUUUGUGCAACAAGGAGGAGAAGUCCCUUAUACAACCCUGGCAACACGACUGGUGAUGGGGGCUUGGUGGCUUUUUGCUUUGAUUGUCAUUUCCUCCUACACAGCAAACCUAGCUGCUUUCCUCACCAUCACGCGCAUUGAGAACUCUAUCCAGUCUCUCCAGGAUCUCUCAAGGCAGACGGAUAUUCCUUAUGGCACUGUCUUGGACUCUGCAGUCUAUGAACACGUUCGAGUGAAAGGGAUGAAUCCUUUUGAGAGGGACAGCAUGUAUUCCCAAAUGUGGCGGAUGAUUAACAGAAGUAACGGUUCAGAGAACAAUGUCUUGGAGUCGACUGCAGGCAUUCAGAAGGUGAAACAUGGGAACUAUGCCUUUGUAUGGGAUGCAGCAGUGCUGGAAUAUGUGGCUAUCAAUGAUGGAGACUGCUCUUUUUACACGGUUGGGAACACUGUGGCGGACAGAGGAUAUGGAAUUGCACUGCAGCAUGGCAGCCCCUACCGAGAUGUCUUCUCACAAAGGAUUCUGGAGCUGCAACAGAAUGGUGACAUGGACAUACUGAAGCAUAAGUGGUGGCCAAAGAAUGGUCAAUGUGAUUUUUACUCAUCUGUGGAUACCAAACAGAAAGGAGGUGCCCUGGACAUAAAAAGCUUUGCAGGUGUUUUCUGCAUUCUCGCCGCUGGGAUUGUCCUAUCUUGUUUCAUUGCAAUGUUGGAAACGUGGUGGAAUAAAAGGAAAGGCUCCCGGGUUCCAUCAAAAGAGGAUGACAAGGAAAUUGAUCUGGAACACCUCCACAGGCGCGUGAACAGUCUCUGCACAGAUGAUGACAGUCCCCAUAAACAGUUUUCCACAUCGUCGAUUGACUUGACCCCUCUGGACAUUGACACUUUGCCCACCCGUCAAGCACUGGAGCAAAUCAGUGACUUCAGAAACACUCACAUCACCACAACAACCUUCAUACCAGAACAGAUCCAGACGCUGAGCCGCACGCUGUCUGCCAAAGCUGCUUCUGGCUUCUCCUUCGGCAGCGUACCCGAGCACCGAACUGGCCCUUUUAGGCACAGGGCACCAAACGGAGGGUUUUUCAGAAGCCCCAUCAAAACAAUGUCAUCUAUCCCUUACCAACCAACUCCAACUCUGGGGCUGAACCUCGGCAGUGACCCAGACCGAGGCACCUCCAUAUGAGCAUCAGACCGAAUUUCUUCACUGUUUCUUUUCUAGGACUCCCUUCGCAAGGAGCGGCUGUAAUGUUGUGGGACUAACAUGGAUGUAACCUUUUUCUUUUCUUUUGUUUUUGUUUUUAAAAUUUGAUUUUUUAUUUUUCUUUAUUUAAGAAAAGAAUCAGGAUUAUUAGUAACAACUCUUCCUCUUCUCAGCUUUCUCAGUCUGGUCUCCUCUUUCCUUUCUCUCUUUAUUCUCUUUACUACUCGAGUCACUUAUUCUUUCAUUUAUCACCGCGUUAGGUUUUGGUUACUUCAGGCUUUUCAUAUACUUAAAUAUAGGAAAUGUGUAGUGAUUAAUGCAUAAGAAAACCCUGAGGAUUACUUUACAGAAGGGCAUUGGCUCCUCUUCCCCAACUGCCUUUUUUUACUAUACUUGCAAUAACUUAAAUCCUUUACAUCUAUUCUGCUGCGUGUGGUCAGUGCUCCACUGCUGUGUGUCCUUUUAACUGUGGACCAAAGGCAAACCCUGCAGUUUAAAAGACAGAAAGGGAAAAAAAAAAAAAAAAAAAAAGAAAAAAAAAAAGGCAAAAUGGAGAAAAAAGGGGAAAAAAAAAAGCAAAAUAAAUGAAGUUGAAAGACCAUUCAGGCCCCAUUAUAUGAGAAUGCAAUUUUGUAGGAUUACAAGAAGCCAUUACUAUGCCAGUAAAGACUACAGUUAAAUCUACUUUUGCACUGCAACAGUGCAUGUGACCUUUAUGUGAUUGUACAGUGUUAAAAGUUUUUCUUAUGUACAGUAAACUGUAUCAUAUGGCAGAAGCCUCUGUUGUGUUAAAUAAAUUAGUAUCUCAUACAUAUAUAUAUACAUAUAUACACACAAGUAUGUAUAUAUAUAUACAUGUAUAUAUAGCUAUAAAAUGGCAGCCGUUGCUACUGCAAUUCAUUUAAUAAAGCUUUAGUAAAAUGUGUUGUAUACAGGAAAGAUGUACAGUGCAGGGGUCUUUUCAUUUAGAAAAGACGGGUCGCUUUUAAUGUUAUUCUGACUUGCAUUGUUUGCCAACAGAGCAUAUUUUAUACUUUUUUAUUAGAACAUCCAGGACAAUUUGAAGUUUGUACCUAGAUGUAACUCAUUCAAUUAGGUUUUGCAUUGGCUGUUGAGCAUUCUAUAUGGCUAACCUUGAUAAUUUUACUUUUAAUUAAUUAGACAGAUGGAACACUCUCUUAGGUAUACCAUGCUCAUGAGCAACUAAUAUAGCUCUAGAGAAGUUUAAACAUAGAUCAAAGGUUAAUAAAUUAUUUUCCAAAUCGGUACAGCUGAUCAAUACGAUAAUGGUGUUUGUGGAGCAAAAGCCCUUGAGAAAUACUGAUGUGGCCUUAAUUAUUAUCACAUAUUGCUCGAAGGGGAAAACAGUAUAUGAACCGGCGCUCAUUUUAACCCUUUAUACGUUAAGUUAGAUUUAGAGGAGCUACAUACUUUAUAUAUUAGUGCCAACUGUGUAGAACAAGAGAAAGAACAGCAGUGAGAGCAGAACCAGUGCCCGUUUUGGCACCAGCUUUUUAAAGUAACGCUGUUACCUGUUAGAAAUGUAGGAAGAGCUUUCAAUUUGUAAUCCUUAAAGCUAAAGUUGAGGCUUAAGUAGAAAGCAAGCAGUUUAUCCCGUGAGGUUUUUUGGUUUGGUUAUGUUUUUAAUGCAACCAUACACUUAUUUUAAUCUAACUCAUUCUUUGGCUAGGAUUAAUAGGAAUCAACCUCUGUGAUUUGCUUUAGGAUAAAUUAAAAGGUAUAUUCUUCAGACCUAUUCUAUUUUGAUGCUAAUUCUGUUCUGGGGGAGCAUCUUGUACUGUCACUGUUUUUUGUACUAAAUCUUCAAAUAUUGUCUACUGUGUAAGGCAGAACAAAUUCUUAUCGUGCAAAAGGCCAUUUUGUUUUCGGGAUAGCAAGUGUCUAAAAGCAUGCACAACUUGCUUCUCCCUUGUAACAUUCAUGAACUCAUCCACACUUCUGAGGAAAAAAAAAAAAGAUAAAAAAAAUUAAUUUCUUUCCAACAAGCUAUGUAGGGACAUACCAGAUGUUGCAGUGAUUUUAGCUAUUAAAAAAGAAAUCUGUUAACCAUGUACGAUAUUUAAAAUAGGCCUAUUUUGAUGUGUUGCCUAUUAUACAGAUACACAAAACACUUUUUGGAGGCCUCAGUUAAAAGUGGCAGAGCUUUCUGUGUAUAAUUUGUC